GGGUGUCUCUAUAACUCUGGGGGUGUCCUUGUGACUCUGGGGGUGUCCCAGUCGCUCUGGCGGUGUCCCAGUGCCUCUGGAUCUGUCGCAGCGCCCCUGGGGCUGUCCCACCUCUCCGGACACGGGGCUGGCAGCCCCGCUGGUGGCACCUGGUUGGCAGCGUCCCCAAGCCGGCAGUGACGUGCUGCGGGACGAGCUGACCCAGCCCCCGUCCCUGUCCCUGUCGUGUCCCUGUCGUGUCCCUGUCGUGUCCCUGUCGUGUCCCUGCAGCGGAUCCCGCCCCUCCCGGGCACGAUGUUCCCCCCGCGGGGCCCCAGGAGGGGCUGCCCCCGGCAGCCCGGCCCGUGGUGGGAUGGGCCAAGGCUGCGCCCCCCUGCCGGCCCCGGGGACACCUGGGGGGAGCCCCCCUGGCAGGAGCCGCCUUUGGGGGAGCCCCCCUGGCAUGACCCAGCCUGGCAGGAGCCACCCCAGGAGGACCAGCGCAGGAAACGGCAGCGCAGGCGGCACGAGCCCAGCCCCAGGGACCCCAGACCCUUCCCUGGCCCCGCUGAGGCCCCGUGGAAGGAGGAGGAGGAGGGAUGGGCCCCCCAGGACUGCCCCCCACAGCCCCCCUGGGAUGACAGAGAGCAUUUCCAAGGAGCUGAGAACGGCUUUGGAGACACCUGGCAGCCGCCCCCCAGACCCUUCCCUGGCCCUGCUGAUGUCCUGUGGCAGGAGGAGCAGCAGGAUGGGAGGUGGGACUGCCCCCCACAGCCCCCCUGGGAUGACAGAGAGGAUUUCCAAGGAUUUGAAGAUGGAUUUGGCUGGAGCUGCCUGGCCCCUGGUGUGAGUUCCCCGGGGAGGAGCCGCCCCCACCCUGGCCCCCCUCCUGCCCUCCAUGUGCCACGCUUCAUUUCAGACCUAAGCAUUCUGCGUUAUACAAACACCUCUGUGGUGAGCACGAAUCUUUUCUCGGUUACCACACUGCCGCACUCCCCCCCUUCCCCGGGGCUGUGUUCCCGCAGGAAUCCCGGAUUUCCCCGCGGUCCCCGCCCUCCCUGGAGGCGCAGGAGCCACCCCCGCCAGCUGACCCCGGUCCCGCUGCUGUGGUGUCCCCGCCCGCCCCGAGCUCACAAGCCUCACUCCAAGCCCUGUCCUGCCCCUUCCAAGAGGAGCCAGGAGCUGCAGCCCCCCCAGCCCCCUGCUGCAGAGAGCCCGGAGCAGCCUCAGGUUGAGCUGGAAGCUGGGCAGACCCCUGUGGGCAGCCAGGAGCAGGGUCCCUGUGCUUUGGGAGCAGAUCCAGCCCCUCUGGAGGAGACACCCAGGUGUCCUGAGGUAGAGCCGUGCAGCCCAGCUGUCCCCAAGGCUGGCACCGCUCAUGGGCCACAUCCCCAGAGCCCAGCAGCCCCCCCAGACCCUGCCAGGAGGGAGAUUCAGGAGCCCAGCCCCUCUGGAGAGGCAGGGGCUGAGCUCAGCCCACGUUCCUGGGAGCAGCCACCACGUGGAGCUGGAGAAGCCGAGGCAGAGGCUGCCCAGCACAGGCCUCUGCAGAGCCUUCAGCCACCCAGAAACCCUCAGGUGCCUCCAGGAUGUGCAGCAGAACCCCAGGCCCAGCCCAGCCAGGCUCCUGCUGGUGCCUGCAGCCCCCCAGAGACCUCCCAGCCUGGGUCUGGUGAGACAAACCCGGCUCUGCUGCAGCUCUGCCCCCUGCUCCCCACACCGUUCCCGGCCGGCAUCGAUCCGCGCUCCGCCGCCGUCCUGGCCAAGAAGGCAGAGAUCGAGCUGUCGUACCAGCAGUUCAGCCUGACCGUGGCCGUGGUGGCCACGAUGCUGCUGCAGAAGGAGCCGUCGCUGGAGGCGGCGCUGGGGCUGGCGCUCAGGGCCAACCUGCGCCAGCGCCGCCUCCACCACCUGCAGCAGCUGCAGGAUUUCAUCGACACCUUCGACUCAGCCACUGCCAGCCUCUGAUGGAGCCCCUGCCUGCCCCCUGGGGCUGGGGCAGCUCUCUGGGCCUGCAGGACAAAGUCGGAGAUGUUGGCAGCCCCACUCUGUCUCUUGGUUUUAGCCCUGCCCAAACCCCUGAGGGCAGCAAAAGUUUUAUUGUUUCUACUGGAGGGCAAUGGGAGGGAGGGCAGCAAUCCUUCUCCUCCGUUCCUGAUUGCCUGGGAUGUUUCCCCAAACCCAGUGAAGAGUUUUUUGGGUUUAAAGCUACAAAUAAACCGUGUUCACUUUGCA